AUGGAAAAUUGGGAUAGGAAAGAUUAUUACCAAAGCUCUGAAUCAGAAAAUGAAGAAGAAGUCGCCAUAGAAAAGCUGAAGGAAAGGGCACAACUUAUAGGGGAAGAUGACUAUAUCCCAGAAUUAGCCACUCAUGAGCUAGAUUUUAAUGAGCUGACUCAGGAUGAGCAGAUUGAAUUGGUGGAAAGGCAUUCACCAGAGCUGCUACAUUGUAUUGAGGAUUUUCAAUAUACGCUGGAAUCGUAUAAGCAGAUGAAUGAAAAAUUUGGUAAAGCAAAUUUAAGCUUUUUAGCAUAAAUGGCUAAUAAUAUUAAAUAAAUAAAAAAAUAGAAGGAUUUAAUAUAAAUUAGAUAACACCAGAAGGACAAAGUUAUUAUGCUUUACGACAAAAAAUAUUUAACCUUUUAUUUAUGCAUUUUUCGUUUUAUGUGAUGCUGAAAGCGAAUGGAAAACCAGCAUCUAACCACCCAGUGAUAAACACAAUAAAAAACCUUAUAAAACUCAACAAAAAUAUUGAAAAGCAAGAAAAAUCAGGCACAAUUAAAAAAGAAGCAAAAGUCCCAGUAGCAAAACAUGUGGAAAUCAGCGAAAAGAAUGAAAAAUCGAAUGAAAAGCCUAAAGAUGAUAAUUAUCAACGCUCAGUAGAAGCAAUACUUAAAAAUAAAGGAAUCAGAAGAAAGAGGAAAAAGGUUGAUAGAAAUGUAAGAGUCAAAAACAAAAUGAAGUACCUGAAAAAGGUAAAGAAACGUCAGUCUACUUAUGGAUAUGUAGAAAGACCAAAGACAGAUAGAUAUGGGGGUGAAAGUACAGGGAUUAGAAAAGAUAUUGUGAAAAGCAUCAAGAUUAAGUAA